GGGCAGAUGGAGGAAUAGGAAGUGAAGUACGUCGGGUUAUUUUGCUGCGUGGUAAACCCCGGAUGAUGCUUUACACUUUUAGCCACUAGUAACAACAAGUACAUAUCUAGAAAAUAAAGCUUUCCAGCAGCUCGUGAGCUGACGCGUAUCGAACGCCAGGUGAGGUGCGCGCGAGGAAAAGGUAGUUUCACUUUACAGAUGGACGGACGGGAUUAACGCGAGGCUUUUCUUCCUGUUCUGUUGAGUUGGAGCAAAAGUAAAAGGCCUUAUAAAGAUUCAGCAACGGGCAGAUAUGGACCACAUACGAGCAGCAGAAAGCCAGGAAGUCAAUGUUGACAAGAGGCCCACUGAUAGCAGCAUGUUUACCAAAAAGGUGGACCAUAGGGCUAUCAGAAGAGUGCGAAGUCCAUCUAGGCCCAGGGCCUGGUUGUCCAGAUCUCAUAAACCAAAGUCUGUAGGACAAGCCUACAAGCCUCGGUUUCCAAGAGAUGAUCAUUUCAUCCACAGAGCUGGAUUCAGCAGCCAGAGGCACCAGCAGCCGAAGCCCCAAACUCACAUCCCUCGUAGAAAUUACCUCCCAAUUAAACCUCACCACAUUACCCCGAAGGAGAAGGGGAGGCAGAAGGAGGAAGAGAGAGAAAGGGAGCGGUCAGCGCAGAGAGAGAGCAGUGAAGGAAGUUCGCCCUCUAAACCAAACGCGUCCAGAGCUGUCCCACCCAGGUCCAGUUCCAUUAGAGACACGGACAUGCAAUUCACCGUUUUCCAGGACGGAAGGAACCAAAGCAGAGAGAGGGAUCACAGAGAAACUACAAGCAAAGACAGAGAGUGGAGCAGAGACGGGGAGCUCCCUUUAACGGCGAGCCAGAUGGCAGCACGAGACAGAGCCAUCCAACAGAAGAGGAGAGAGAUAGAUGAGGUGUACUAUCAGGAAUGUGAAAUGUUUGGCCUGGUUGCAAAGAUGCUCAUUGCAAAAGAUCCAGCCCUGGAGCGUCCCAUCCAGUCCUCGCUGCAGGAGAACCUCCGGGACAUUGGCAAGCGCUGCGUUGAGGCCAUGGAGAAAUUCAUUGAGGACUAUGACUCCAGGGAGUUGUUGCAUUAUUUAGAUGAAUAGUUGUUGGCAUUGUUCCUUUUUGGUGGGCCAUUUAGGUUUGAUUUCAUUUCAUUUUCAGACAUUUUUCCUGAUCACAAUCUUCCUAUAUUCUCUCAUGUACUGCCUGACAAAAUUCCCCUCUUUCCUCCAUCUGAUUUUGUCUCUUUAGUAACGCUAAUCCACAUUAAUGUGUAAGAAUGUGAUGAACAUACCGGUUAUGUUACUUUAAAAUUUCUAAGAAUCAGAAUUUACUGUUGUAUGACAUAAUUUAUUCUUUCUAAUGUGCUUACAAUAAUAAAACAUGAUUUUAUCUAA